GACUGCAUUGCUUAUUUUAGUAUCAUUGCUGAACACACUUGUAAAAGUAAAAGUUCUGCACCAAAUGAUACAGACAUAAUGAUACAAAAAGUUAAAUAUAUGAAAUAUUUUUAAACAAUUGUCUAAAGUUUACAUCCUGAAUGUGGUAUUCUUGUACCCUCAAAACCCUUUACACCGGCUAUGCUGCUUGCAACACUGUUUUUGUUUGCACAAUGUUACUACAGGACUUCAACAUGAUAUACUAGUGGUAUUUAAUUAAUCAAGGUGGAUAAAACUGCUUCAAAACUUCCCUGAAAUUAAUGAAACUUUAAAAAUGCUCAAGUUUGCACAGAAAACUAGAAUCUCAACCCCGUGGUCAACUUGCAUCUUAGCAACUAACGCAAAGGCAACAUGAGAUUGCAGCUGUUAGCAUAUUUAAAUAAAUAAUUGAAUAAUACACAAAGCAGACUGUGUGGGAUAUAUUUAUACCACUGCAAUGAAUGCAAUGCAAUCUGUCUACACAUGCAAAGAAUAUACAAGUUUUGAAAGGGUGGAGAGAGACACACACAAAAAGCAAAGACAAAGAGUUGGUGAGUUACAAAACGAUUUGCAACAGUUCGGAACUCUACCAGGCGAUGUUGCUUCCCAACCUAUGGUGAUUUGAAUAGGGUUCUCUGUGUGUAUUUGUGUACUUUGGAAAAGAGGUGGUUCUCUACGGGAGUGGCAUUUAUAGCAGCAGCCGUAUGUUCACUGGGUGAUAACAGUUUUCUUUUAGUAGUAAGUCCCACCCCCCAUUCUGAGCCGAUCCUUAUUGGAUGAGGUUGUGCCAUUCAAUUAGUUUUAUUUUUAAACCUGGUUACAUAGUAUUUUGUGGACAUAAGCUCACUGUACAAACCGUUCUUCCUGAAAAGUCCUGGUAGUUGUACAUUGCUAGAGUUGGAAGCAGCAAUAUGACUAAAAAGGAAGAAUUCUACUAUGGAGAAAAUGGUGAACCAAGGAAAUUUGACCCAAAGUUCAGAGGACCUAUUCACAACAGGUGAGUACAGAAGCCUUACUGCUCCACCUGUUCCUGGUGUCCCACAACUCGGGAGACAUGUUGUAAGUUGGCCUCAAAUAUGCUCCUCAGCCUGCCAGUCUUGGGACUACACCCUUCAUGCUUCAAGGCAUUGUACAGACGUUCUCUGUUGUGUCAUCUUCGUUGUGGUCAUCCUGGGUUACAUUGCUUUAGGAAUCGUGGCUUGGGUACACGGUGACCCCAGAAAAGUAGCUUACCCAACUGACAGCUAUGGGCAGUUCUGUGGUCAAAAGGACACGCCUAAUGAGAACAAGACAAUUUUGUUUUACUUUAACAUUCUGAAAUGUGCCAGCCCUCUAGUGCUAAUAAACCUACAGUGCCCUACAACACAGCUUUGUGUCUCAAAGUGCCCAGACAGGUUUGCAACCUACAUAGACAUGCAAUCUUCCUACAGAUAUAACAAAAGUUAUUGGGAAUACUACAGACAGUUUUGCAAGCCUGGCUUUAGCAAGCCAUGGAAGUCUGUGGCCCAAGUUAUGCGUGAUGAAGAUUGUCCUUCCAUGAUCAUUCCAAGCCGGCCUUUUCUUAAGAGAUGUUUUCCUGAUUUUGCCACUAAAAAUGGAGUUCUGACUGUGGCCAAUCAGACUACUUUCAAAGAUGGAAGAGGAAAAACAAGGAACGUCACCGAUCUCAGGGAAGCUGCAAAUGGCAUCAAUAAUGUUCUUGAUGCAAGAUCAGUCGGGAUGAAAAUUUUUGAAGACUAUGCCAGUUCUUGGUAUUGGAUUUUAAUAGGCCUGUUCAUUGCAAUGGUUGUCAGCUUGCUCUUCCUUGUGCUUUUGAGAUUCAUAGCAAGUGUUCUCUUCUGGAUUUUCAUCUUUGGUGUGAUUGGGAUUAUAGGUUAUGGUAUAUGGCAUUGCUACUGGGAAUACCAUCGCCUUCAUGGAAUACCUGGCUCUGAUCUUACUAUCUACGACAUUGGAUUCCAGACAGACUUCAGGGUGUAUCUGCAACUGAGGCAAACAUGGUUAGCAUUUAUGAUACUACUUUGCAUAGUGGAAGUUGUCAUUAUACUAAUGUUAAUAUUUCUGAGAAAUCGAAUCCGAAUCGCCAUUGCACUUUUGAAAGAAGGUAGCAGAGCAAUUGGUUACAUCAUGUCUACAUUAUUCUACCCAAUCAUCACCUUCAUCCUUAUUGCAAUCUGCAUUUCUUACUGGGCAGUGACAGCUGUCUUUCUAGCUACAUCCGGAGAACCUGUGUACAAAGUCAUGGCUAAUCAAAGCCUGUGCAAGUAUGCAAAUCUGACCUGCUACCCAGAGACAUUCAACACAACCAAUGUAACCAAGCUGUGUCCAGGAGCCCAGUGUACUUUUGCUUUCUAUGGUGGAGAAAGCCUGUACCACAGAUACAUCUUAAUCUUUCAAAUCAGCAACGUGUUUGUGUUCCUCUGGCUGGUGAACUUUGCCAUUGCAUUGGGUCAGUGUACUCUUGCUGGUGCCUUUGCCUCUUACUACUGGGCCUUUAGAAAACCUGCUGAUAUUCCAGCAUGCCCACUCUUUUCUUCAUUUGGACGAGCAAUACGAUAUCACACUGGUUCCCUAGCAUUUGGCUCUUUAAUUCUUGCAAUAGUCCAACUCAUUAGAGUAAUCCUGGAAUACCUGGAUCACAAACUCAAAGGCUCACAGAAUGUCUUUGCUAAGUUCCUCCUUUGCUGCCUCAAAUGCUGUUUCUGGUGCCUGGAAAAAUUCCUCAAAUUUAUCAACAGAAAUGCCUACAUCAUGAUUGCGAUUUAUGGUAAAAACUUCUGCACAUCAGCAAGGGAAGCUUUCUUUCUGCUCAUGAGAAACGUGGUAAGAGUUGCAGUGCUGGAUAAGGUGACAGACUUUUUACUAUUCCUGGGAAAAAUUCUUGUUGCUGGAGGUGUGGGUGUCCUAGCUUUCUUCUUCUUCACACACAGGAUACCAAUAUUCACACAAGAAGCACCAUCACUGAAUUACUAUUGGGUCCCACUCUUGACGGUCAUUAUAGGCUCUUACCUAGUUGCACAUGGUUUCUUCAGUGUCUAUGCAAUGUGUGUUGACACACUAUUCCUCUGCUUUUGUGAAGACUUGGAAAGGAAUGAUGGAUCUACAGCAAAACCCUACUACAUGUCAGCUAGUCUACACCGAAUUUUGGGGAAGAAGGAACUGAGUCCUAAGAAGUUAAUGGGAUAAUGUUUUGUUUUUGUUUUUAAUGUGAAAAUGGCAACAGUGUCAGUUUUAAGAUAAACUAAGCAGGAUCCAUAUUAUUUAGGCUAAAGAUUUUUUUUUUAAGUAUAAAUGAUGCUUGUGGUUAAUGAAUGAUUUGUGUUUGCUUUGUACUAUCUAAAAAUGAGCAAAUGGGCAACAUUUAAAACCAUUAUUUAACAGCUGUGAAACAAGGCCACAUCAUAGUUUUUAUAGAGUGCCUAUGGAAAAGUGUAAAUGUGAAGCUUUUUAAAAAUAUUUAGCUCUUAGUGUUUAAUAACUUUUCUAACUCAAGAUUUUGCUGUUUGAAAUGACAGCCAUUUUGAUAAAAAUUUUAUAGGUGUAUAUUUGUAAAGGAUAUUCAGGCAAUUUUUGAAAGCACUACAGUGAUUCCUAAUUAGCCAUAAACAGAUCAAGACUAGUAACCAGCAGGUGGUCCUAAAUUUGUAAUUAUGGUGCUAUGGCUGUAUUUUUACUGUACAUGCUGGUUGACAGCAACUUAAACUGUGAUUAAAUUGUAUUAAUUGUUCCCUAUGACGAAGAGCAAAUUGCUAUGUCAGAUUAGCAUCAUAUGGAGUCAUCUCCAAGAAUGCAAUGAAAGAUUGUUUGAAUUGCCUAGAAUGAGAGUCAUAUUAUUAAGGAUGCCAGAGAUAACAUUUUAGGGAUAAAAUCUAGGCCAAGCAAUAGCCUUUUCCAUCUGAUGCAAUAUUAAAUCUGUGGUGUAAUUUUUUAAAAAAUGAUUAGUGGUACUGCUUAAGUGUGCCAUGGUUUUGUCCUGUGUUGUGUUAAGUUUUAGCUCUAUCGCAAGUACAGUAAGCCCACAACUUACAUGAGGGUUGUGUAACCCAUAGUCAAAACACAUAAAGUUCAAUGAUGGGUGGGAUUGCCAAAGUAUUUUUUUCAUGGAACUCGACCCACUUUCUGCCCCUUUUAGAUGUUUUUAUUUUUUAUUUUAUUUUUUGCUGUUCACAUAAAGCUGAAUGCACACAAGUUUAAUGUGUGUAGGUUACGGCCUUACCUUAAUCAAAGAAUGAAAUCCAACUUGGAACUGUGUUUUUCCCUGUGGCGAAAGCCCUCCUGGACUAGCUAAAAGCCCCAGUUGAAGGUUUUGGGUUUUGUGGGUGUUUUUUUUUUGGCUUUGCAGCCAUCUCGACUGCUGCUAAGUGGACAGAGAAAUAGAAUGAGAUUAAGUGUGGCUUAAGUUGCUUUGAGCCCCUCUGUUUAUGUGAACAUCCAAUUAUUUUUCAUAUGAGGGAAGAAAUAUGUGUGAUGCUAAUGAGCAUCCUGGCCAAUCACUGAUUAAAGCAAGAACUACAUCUGACUGUCGUUUGAGAAAACACCAGUGAUUGAACAUCAGCUCAGUAUUACACAUAAUAAAGCACAGUUUCAUAAUAUUGAAAGUGCAGAAACACUGUAGCUCCCAUCAACUACGGAAGGCAAGUGACCAUAUUGCUCCAAAGACAACAGUGGGAAAAUACCAACUGUGCAAAGAUGAGAAACAGUUAUUAGAACAGAACUCUUGCAGGUCAAAUCUGUGUUGUUAUAUGUGCUUAUUGGUGGAAACUGAAUGAAGAAACUAAACCUCAGAAAAUUGAGAGGCUUCAUCACAUUUAUAGCCUUUGGUUAAGGGCUUACUUUAAGGUAACUUUCUUUAUUCACCCUAAACUAUAUAAUAAUUGCAGGAUUCGGCUGAAUUACAAUAAUGUAAUUUCUGCUUUUCUGCUUGUUUUGUUCCAGGGUCAUGAGAGAGGCUUCCGAAAUUAGUGUAGCAUGUUGUGGGGUUUUUUUUUUAAAAUACAAUAUUAUUUUGAGCUCUCUAACCCCCUUCAACAAAAUAGCCCUCCAUCAUUAAGGCAGGAUUGACUGGCUAGAUUUAUGGAGAGCAUUCAAUGGAAAUUCAUGCCCAAAAUGACUAGUUAUUUGUCGAACAGUGGCCUGUUUCUUCUGCAAGUAAUUGAGCAUGUCUUGAGCUGACAGUCUUAAAACUGGAGUUUUCCCAAAUUCACUCAGGUGAACAGUUUGAACUCCACGUAGCCAUUUUGUUUCAAUGACAGGCAGGUGUCAACCACCACUCCUUGGCCUAUUACAGUGAAUCUUGUUACUAAAAGAGGGACCCGUCAAUGUUUAAUACGGCCUGGAGACCUUUCUUUAACCCUCCUGUAAUUUGACCUACAAGCAAAGACUUGUUUCAAGGUGGAUAUAUUUUGGAUUAGGAUGCUUAAAUCCUAGAUGACUAGACAACUGAAAUACAUUCGAUUAAUUUACUAUGCACUCAACUAUGUGCACACUUUUCAAGGCAUGUGAUCUAUUUUCAUUCCAGAUGAAUGUAGGCAUGGGGAUAGAUCCAGGAGGAAGUCAGAUAAAGGGUGAUGGUAGUAGAAACUGGCUUUCCCACCCACUCUUCACCCCAGGAACUUCCACCCAUCCUCCUAAAAGCUUCUCGAGUGUCAGUGGACCCUGCUGAAUGGGGUGGGCUAUAAGGAGAAACAGGGACUCAUUGAAAGCCAUUUCACAAGCAAAGCUUCCACCUGUGGGAGGGGCCUCAACUUGAUUUUGAGAGAUCUCCUCCAUGCUGCAGCCAUUCACCAGGGUCUUCCAGCCUUUAGUAAUGGAGGAGGAGCCAGAAAGGUCAGCUUCUGCCAGCCCCCGCUCUGCUGGCUGGUCCAACUAAUAAUAUCUAGUUCCUAAGUCUCAGAUGCAAUAGGAAGUGGGAAACAGGUAUAUUCUUGGAUUAUUGGUCAUUUGCAUACUAUCAAUGUCAUCCAUUACUGCAUGACCAAAAUAUAAUGUCCCAAAUACUGCUAUAAGCUAAUAAGCAAUUGGUUAUUGUUAGCAGCUGGUGGUCCUGGAAGCAAAUGUGUGUUGCCAUCAAAAGAUGUUGUGUCAAGACACUUUGGAAGCCCUGAGAUCAGUAUCUCUGUGCAAAGUAGGGAUGAGCAUGAAUCUGCAUUGGCAGAAGGCUGCUUAUGCAAAAAAACAUCCAUUGUGCUGAAUCAGGCCAAUAGUGUACUCAGUGUACUUCCUCUGGUCUUACUGCUUUUGAAAUUAAUAGACUAAUUCCAAUUGAUCUCAAUCAAUUAGGCAAGACACUAGCCUAAUUUUCAGGUUUGACAUUCCAGGAUAUAUUUCAGUUUCAGUAUGCCUAAAGUUGUGUCCAAGAUCUUAAGAUGAAACCCAAGUUAUAGCUUUAACCUGGAAGCUUUGGAAGCUGCACCUCCACGAAGGUUUAGGAUACAUGUCCGAAGUGUCAAAUGUUUUUGAGGGGAACAUCCUAGAGCCAUUUUAUCAAUUAAGCAACUAAGAAAACUGUGAAAAUGCAAAGCAAUAGCACUGAAAUUUGGCAUUCAUGCAUUCAUCUGAAAUAUCUGCUAAAUUGUUGCAAAGAGAAAACUUGGUAUACAAAAUUCCUGAAUAUCUUUCUCGGAAAUGAAUGUGCAAACUAGGGAAUAAUUUAUUUUUUGAAAGAUAAAUACUUUUGAACUUGAUUGAUGUGUUUCUUAAUCCUUGGGCCAAAUCCUGCUGUUUAUUAUAAUGUCAGUUUUAUGCAUAACGUGCUUUAACAUAAAAGCUAAAGCUUGAUUAAAAUGCACUUCCUCGCUUUUGAGUAUUGGGCAAAUCAUUUCAAGGUGAGAUGAUUAAAUUUUAAAUAAGGCUUUGAUCCUGCACCCAUUCAUGUCAAAGGUAAGCAAAUGUCUCAUUGACUGGACUGGUGCAGCAUCUGGCCAACGCAAUGAAAAAGGGCUGAUUACGUUAUUGCACCAGUGUUUACAGUAUAGUAAACGCCAAACCAUCCAGUAUUGAAAAUACACUGAGGAUUUUGCUGUUGUGCAUGAAAAAGGUCAGCAGGUGGCAGAAUUGCUUUUGUAUUACAUUGGUUUGAUUGUUUGCUCUUUGACAUUCUUCCUCCUAGUGGAAGAUUUAGAAAGUCAUGAUGGCUCUGCUGAAAGACCUUAUUACAUGAGUAAGUCUCUGCUGAAGAUUCUGAACAAGCAGAACAUGCAAAUCAGGAGACAAUAGGAAAUGCCCAGUGUCCUAAACCACGCAAUCAUGUUUCGUUUGAUACAUUGUUUCUUCAAUAUGGUAUUGAUUGUCAGCUAUCAUUUGCGCAUGUUUUAUACCAAAGCUAUUGUAGAUGUGAAGCCAUCAAAAGGUUGUAACGGCAUUUUGUGUGUGUGUGUGUGGUUUGUUUGUUUGUUUUUAAAUCCAACAACAAAAACCAUGGGAGCAUUUUUUUAUACUGAGAUUUUUAAAAUUAUUUUUAUUCUCUCCCCCCCCCUUUUUGCCUUUAAUUCUUGUGGCUUGGGUAUUUGGAAUGAAAGAUAGUUAAAAUGUCUGGCUGCUUUUUCUGUGUUUUUUAAAAGGAAAUAUGUGAAAAUGUGUUUCACUGUUGCGGAUUUUGCUCUGAGCGAGUGAAGAGAUUUUAGAAAAGUAAAGUUUUCUUUAAAAAAUGAAAAGGUCCUUUUCCAUUUAAGGUGGUCACGGAAUACGUCAAUGUCUCUUGAUUGCAUUUAGAGCCUUGCCAGUCUCCUAGUCUGUACAGCUGUGUGCUCUAUGACAAAGUGCCUUACUGGCUAAUAAUAUUAACUAGCUUAUGUUCUGAAGUUUACAAACGCCAUUUGAAACACAGAGCUACUAACUGCUUGACGAAAUAAACAAAACUGUCUUUCGGCUUACUUGAAAUGUAUUGAUACGAAUCUGUUCCUUUGCCCCUGUGUGAAAUAUUUGCAGUAUCUACAUUUUCCUACUAUCAUCUCCAUAUAAUAAAACAGUAGAGAGUGGUAUUUUUUAGAGAAUUGCUUUGGGACAUUUGGGUUUCUAAUGCUUAGCUUUAUCUGUGUCGAAUGUAUGCUGCAAGAAACCUUUAAGCAAGGUCUAGCUUAGAAGAACUCUCUUUUUAGAGGAAUUUUCCAUGUAUAUGUUUGGUGCAUGGGACCCUGAUGCACUGGUUCCAUGCAUCCAUUCCUCAUACUCAGCCUGUGCUAACCUUCAGCUUCAACAGGUGAUGUGGUCCCCAUGUAGGAAACAUAUGCAAAAUUUUGGACAAUGUGCUACCCCCUCCCCCAGAACUUCCCACUCUCCCAGUUUAAAGAUGGUUGAGAAUAGGGUUACCAACUGUCCUUUGUACCUGUGCCUUUUUAACAAGCCUGGCUGUGGCUUGUUGGAAUGAUCAGAUGAUAAUUUCUCUCUAUAUAUACUAUUAAAUACUAUUAAUUCCUGCCUAUUGAGCUGCUGUUAAAAACACAACUCCAGAGAUUACCUGAAAAGCUGCCCAAACUCUGAUGCGGAGCAACCCUAAGUACCUGAUGUAGGUUUACCUAUUCCUGGAGUUAAUGAGGAAUUAACUUUUCUUCUUCUUCUUCUUGCUGGCCUUGUGUUUGCAGAAUAUUUCUUUUCUGAUUCUAGUGGUUGUGAAAUAACCACUCUGCAGUUUCCACAAUUAACAUUAUGCUGUCAGUGGCAUAAGUCCCGACAGAGCUGCUUCUUAAACAGAUGUGGUAUGUAUGUCCCUUUGGGUAUGGAAAUGCCUCCCCCCCCCAAUCACAAUAAUAGCUACAGUUAAUAACAACUGUAGCAUAUAUAAACCCUCCUAACAGGAGAUAACAGUGGCAUGCCAACCAUAGCGAUGGUGCAAAAAGUGCUUGUGUAUCUUAGGCCCAAGUGAAGAGAGUAGACAACUUAGGGUGUAAAUAUUUAAAGUCUUUGUCCAAAUUAGUUUCCACUUCUGUAACACCCUAUCCAGGCAUCCCCAAACCUCGGCCCUCCAGAUGUUUUGGACUACAAUUCCCAUCAUCCCUGACCACUGGUCCUGAUAGUUAGGGAUCAUGGGAGUUGUAGGCCAAAACAUCUGGAGGGCCGCAGUUUGGGGAUGCCUGCCUAUACUGUUUGUUCAACAGUAAAGGAGGGGAGGAAGCUUUCAGGAUUGCAGCUUCACAACACCCCAAUCUUAAAUGCAUUUGCUUGUCUGUAAGUUCCAUUGAUUUCAAGUAAGUGUGUCUACAAUCAGAGAGUUUAAAUACUGGACCAGAUAUGAAAUUGGCUUUAUUAAAGUAAGAGAAAUGGGACCAGGGUUUAAUUUUUAGAGCUUUUCUUACAGGGACUCGCACCUUCAUAGAAGGUGGUUAGCUAGUCAGGGCUGUACCACACACCUGUGUCAAUUCUUUAAAGAACUACACCCCUACUAUUUAAAUUAGAACAAAUGGGAAUGAAAAGAUGCAUACUACACUUGUGUAAAGUGUUUAUUGCUUUGUUGACUAGUGUGAAAUGGAUGCUUUGUUUUUAGACUCUUGCUAAUAUGUUAUUUUAUAAAACAACUCUUAAUUUUAUAACUUUUGAUACUGAAUUAUUGCUUCCCUUGUAAAAUGUUGGUAAUUUGCACUUCACAGUAUUAAAACUUAAGAACAUAAUUGCUUCUUCAGUUUUUGAAAGGUAUGGCUAAUGGUACUAAUAUUGAUCAUUCAUGCAGUCUGUUUGUUUGUAAAAAAAAGGGGUGGGCUAUCAGCAUCACAAAUAUGUAUUCAUAAAUUGCAUGGUGGCAAAUGAAAGACCUUGUUAUCAGUUUCCCCUGUGAUCACAUUUCUACUUUAAAUGUGAUUUUAGAGACUGUCUUUUUCCUUUUUUGUUUUUUUGUGCCCAAACCAAAUUAACAUGAGCACACGGCCACCUGAGCUCUAAAAUCUUUUUGCUUCUGCUGUGCAGAAAUAUUAGGGACAUAUUGUUGAAAAUAUCUUUUCAGAACUAAAAUGUUUAAUAUUUAACACAAUUUGUUGUUCUUUAUUGUUUUACAGCUCUUGAGGUUCUAAUAAAGAUUUAGAUAAAGAAAAAACACCUUUCUGUUUUUGUUCCUUCUUAGGUGGUGAGUCAUAGCUUAGUAGUAGAGCAGGCAAAAGUGGUAGAUUGCCAGGUUCAAUCCCUGACAUCUUUAGGUAGACCUGGGAGAGUGUAGAAAGUUGCUGCUAGUCAGCAUAGACAAUCCUGAACUACAUAGGCCAAUGACCUGACUCUGUAUAAGGCAGCUUCCUCUGUUUCUAUGUACCAUGAUUUUGAAAGGGUUCUCAUUGUGUUACUGUUGUGCAUAACCCCAUUCUCAUCACUUCACUGAAGCACAGAAGGAUAGUUUUUGAUAUUCAUGUACUCAAAAGUAUAAGCAAAACUGAGGUCCAGUGCUGAGGGCCUUCUGGCAGUUCCCUCACUAUGAGAAACCAAGCUACAGGGAACCAGGCAGAGGGCCUUUUCGGUAGUGGCACCCGCCCUGUGGAACGCCCUCCCACCAGAUGUCAAAGAGAAAAACAACUACCAGACUUUUAGAAGACAUCUGAAGGCAGCCCUGUUUAGGGAAGCUUUUAAUGUUUAAUAUUAUUAAACAUUUAAUAUUAUUGCAUUUUAAUGUUCUGUUCUGUUGGAAGCCGCCCAGAGUGGCUGGGGAAACUCAGCCAGAUGGGCGAGGUAUAAAUAUAUUAUUAUUAUUAUUAUUAUUGUUAUUGUUAUUAUUAUUUACUUCUGCACAAUUAUUUCUAACUGUAAUGGCAGCCUCACACAGAGCACACUGAGGUACCUUGAGGUUACGCACACAUGGGCCUACAGUGCCUAGUGAACCCAAUAGAACUGACAAAAUGCACUCCUAGCCGCAGAAGACUCUUGGGAAUCUAGUGACAAGGAUGUAUCUACCGUAUAUAUCUUUAGGGGCCAGGCAAAAGCUUUCCAGUAUAACCAGGUCUUUGGCCUUUUUUUAGAAGUGGGUGGGGUGUUUUCAAAGCAACUAUGUGGGAUCUAAUGUCUAUUUGUUUGGUUAUAAGUUGCUUUGGGUUACCCUGGCCAAGAUAAAGCAACUGAAAAAUUUAAUAAAUAAAAUAAAUUUCAAUCAGCAGUGAUGCAAAGCUUGUUCAAAUGUAGCAACCCCUUCCACAUUUUCCUUCAACCCCAAACCAUUCUGUAUUGCAGCAUUGGACCUCAGCAUUGCGUAUUAAUUCAGUGUUAAUUAUAAUUCUGAAAAAAGACACUGAAAUUAAUAGAAAGUGAUCCAAGGAUCAUCCUAAGGAAAGUAGUGGGUCUUGUUUUCACUGGAGAGUUGUAGGAUAUUUCUGUUUAGAAAACAUUUUUUUAAAUAAAAAAAAAGUAACUGAAAUGUAUAAUAGAGAUUUAGAUGUUAAGACCUGUUCAUAUUCAAGUGGGAAGAAAGUAGAUGGUGCUGAGAUUUUUUCAUAUGCCAUGAUCUUUACUCAGAAACAGAUAAAGGAAAUAGUAUUUUAAAAGUAUCGCAUGCAUUGUUAUCUGCUUGGAAAUUCUUAACUAGGUGUACUUUUUUUUAAAGUAGAGAAAUCAUUUCUUUAUCCUGCAACACACCUGGAAAACUUCAGAACACUGUAAUAAUUAUUAGCAUAUAAUUGAACAACAAUAUAUAAUCCAUCACCGCUAAAUUCAUCAUCUCAGACUAAGGCAAAGAAUGCAUUUGUAAUCUAAAAGUAAAAGGGUUGCUGAAAGUCCAAGACCUUUCAUGUUCACUCCGUAUGCACAGAGUUGUUUUUAAUUAAAUCUGGAUUUCUUAAACUACUCCAGCAUUUUCUUGCGUCACAUGCUACCUCUGAGAAUGGACUGCAGUUAUUGAUUAUUGUGUCUCUGCUCAGUUGCGAGACAUAACUUAUUGCAAACCUGCUUUCUUUCUCCUCUUUAAGGCAUGCUCAUAAACGGACACUCUGUGAUUGAUGUGUUUUAUGUAGCUCAUAGUUUUCUUAACUUUCAAAUUACAUUUAAAUCUACAGUUGGCUGGAUGCCAUAGAAAUCUUAAUCCAUCUCCAGAUGAAUUUUAAAACCAGGGCUCAUUCUCUCUCUUAUUCUGUGUCUGCAUCAUAGAUGUCAUGGUCUCUAAACUUGGUGUCAUGUUCCUCCUGCAGUUGGUUCUCCUGUUUUUAAGCAUAGGUCAAGCUGAAUUAUUUGCUCUCUCCCACAGGGGGUGGGGGUGAGGAAUAUUACUCCAAGCAGAAGUCUGUAUCCCUUGAGGAAAGGGCAACAACUGAGAUAUGGAAGGAAGACAGGGAUAGUAUCUGUGAAGAUAUACAUGCGCCAGUAGCAAUUUUUCUGCACACAGGAAAAAUACAUUGGGCAUAUCGGAAGGGGAUGAGUCUGGGGCAGCAGAGGGAUGUCAUAAUCUUUUAGCAAGUUAGAAGAGUUGAUAAUACUGGGAAGAUCUAAGCAGGGGGUGUCAAUACAUUGUGGGUUCUUUCCUUGCCUCUCCCUCCACCAAAAUUAGGCUUGAAAGAAGCACCCUGCAAUAGCCAACAGAAGAGAUGGGGUGUUGCCCACAAAUGCUUCUCUCGUGUGCAAAUAAAUCCAAAAAGAUGGACAAUUCCUAUUAUAAGAGAACAAGGGAGGUGUUCAUGGUGAGUUCCCGCACCUAUUUUUCAAGGAAAAUAGCACAGUGCCUUCCUCUUCUCAAAACCCCUGACCAUUGGACACACUAGCAGGGGCUAUGGGAGUUGAAUUGCAACCGUGUCUGGAGGACCAGUCUCCCCCUCCCUGCAGUACAAGUUGCUUAUGGCUCCAACUCAGCUUGUUUCCCCCGAGUGCAACCCUGUGGUCUUUUGUUCAAUAGCUGGGCAAAAGGAAAUGCAGGCUGUCACACCCAGGAAUUUUUCACUAUUAAGAGAGACACAGCACACUCUCUUUUUGCCUUGCCAUGAACUCCACCACAUGCCACUUGUACAUUCAUUGCUGGUUUAUUGUAGAAAACGGCUCUGUAAAUUCAUAUUUUCCCCAGAGCUGACAGAUGUGUUGCUUUCAGGGGACGUAAGGGGAGGAAAGGGAAGGAUUGUUUUCUUCACUGGGCCACAAUGUUUCUGGUUGCCAUCAUUUGCUACACGUCUGACCAAAUCAAUUUCCUCCCUCAGUUCAAUUUUCAUGUCAUCCUAUCCGAAGGUCUCGUUUCUGUUGGUUUGGAUGGGCUGGGAGAGUGAUCUAUUUUCAUUUUUGCUGCCUGAAACUCUUUUCUCUUCUUUGUGUGAUUAUUGUUAUGAUUGAAAGAAAAGGGAGGAGGGAACGACCACUGGAAUGGAAAGGCAGCAUCAGGAAAACUCUCUUGCUCACUAGAGGCUCCCAGAGGUCAUGGAAUACCUUUGGGGUGGCACCUCUUGCUGGAAACAAAGGAAACUUGCUUCCUCAUGAGGGAGGUAUCACCCACCAACCUCCAUGACAGACUCUGCCUGAGAACUGAUAGGCAGAGUCUUUGGUCAGGCUCUUAAACCUUGACCAAGUUGGGCCUCCCAAUUUUAUUUUUCAUUCAUUCCCACCCCACCCCCACCCCCUUUCCCUGUCCUUCAGACAUAUUCCCUUCAGAAUCUGACAGAGAGGUAAGCUGCCUGGGACAGAGGCAUAGGAAUCCUUCUGUAAUUGGGGAUUUUCCCGCUCUUUUUUUCUGAAGCCAAUAGGAUAGCAGGAUCAGAAUGUUCCUCAUUAAGGAGUUUCUUCUGUCCCCAAAGCCCUGAAUAGGUCCAGGGGAGACCACAGCUGCUGCUGCUGUUACCUCAGGAGUUCAUGAGGAUUUUAAAAGGUUUUUCUUAGGGUCUGAGCCUGUAAUAUUUAUAUAAGGGAGCAUUUCCAAAGGCAUCAGCAGAGAACCUGAAUUAGUGCUUCCAAACAUCAACAGUUUUUUAAAAAAUUAUUACAAGAAAUAAAAUUACCGGUACCUCAUGAAUCUGAGGAGUUUUAAGUAUUCCCAAGGAUGGCUCUGAAGCUACCACAGUAAAUACAACUAUAAGAUUAGCUUAUCCCUUCUCAAAUCUCAAGAAGCUUCUGCCUUAACUGGUUGUGCCUCAUUUUAUCUGUGUUUUCACUUCAUGACCUAAGGAACUCCUAGAAAACGCACAUCAGUAGGGCUUUGUUCUCCAUUCAGUUUAUGUAACUUAACGAAGGCUUGCACUUGAUGAUGGAUGCAAACUUAUUCUGUGUCCCCCCCCACCUUUAUUAUAGCAAUUCAGUAAAUAAAUGUUUUUUUCAUAUAUAUGACAAGAGGAUGCUU